UCACUUCAAACACAUCAAAUUCGGCUCCACCUUCCAAAAUGGAGCACCUCUACCUCUCCCUCCUCCUCCUCUUCGUCUCCUCCAUCACCCUCUCCCUCUUCUUCCUCUUCUACAAGCACCGUUCCCACUACGCAACCCCGAACCUCCCCCCGGGCAACGUCGGCCUCCCGCUCAUCGGGGAGAGCCUCGACUUCCUCUCGUCCGGGUGGAAGGGCCACCCCGAGCGGUUCAUCUUCGACCGGAUCACCCGCUACUCGUCCCAAGUCUUCAAGACCUCCCUCCUCGGGCAGCCCGCCGCCGUGUUCUGUGGCGCCGCGGGCAACAAGUUCCUCUUCUCCAACGAGAACAAGCUGGUGGUCGCGUGGUGGCCCGACUCCGUCAACAAGGUCUUCCCUUCUUCCACCCAGACCUCCUCCAAGGAGGAGGCCAAGAAGAUGAGGAAGAUGCUCCCCAACUUCUUCAAGCCGGAGGCACUGCAGCGGUACAUCGGGAUAAUGGACACCAUUGCCCGGCGGCACUUCGCCAUGGGGUGGGAGGGCAAGGACGAGGUCACCGUCUUCCCCCUCGCGAAGCGGUACACCUUCUGGCUCGCUGCCCGCCUGUUCCUCAGCAUCGAUGACCCGAGCCACGUCGCGCGGUUCGCCGACCCGUUCCAUCUCUUGGCCUCCGGCAUCAUCUCCAUCCCCAUCGACCUGCCUGGGACCCCGUUCAACCGCGCCAUCAAGGCCUCCAACUUCAUCAGGAAGGAGCUGAGGGCGAUCAUCAAGCAGAGGAAGGUCGAUCUCGCCGACGGGAAGGCCUCGCCGACGCAGGACAUACUGUCGCACAUGCUUCUGGCAACGGACGAGGAUGGGAAGCACAUGACGGAGCUCGAUAUUGCCGACAAGAUUCUUGGCUUGCUGAUCGGUGGCCACGACACCGCCAGUGCUGCUUGUACUUUCGUCGUUAAAUAUCUCGCUGAGCUUCCCGAAAUAUAUGAACAAGUUUACAAGGAGCAAAUGGAGAUCGUGAAAUCGAAAGCUCCAGGCGAGUUGCUGAACUGGGAUGAUAUUCAGAAGAUGAAGUACUCGUGGAACGUGGCCUGUGAAGUCAUGAGGCUCGCCCCUCCUCUCCAGGGCGCGUUCAGGGAAGCCAUCAACGACUUCAUCUUCAAUGGCUUCUCCAUUCCCAAGGGAUGGAAGAUCUAUUGGAGCGCGAACUCGACCCACAAGAGCGGCAAGUAUUUCCCUGAGCCCGAGAAGUUCGACCCGACCCGGUUCGAAGGGGAAGGGCCGGCGCCGUACACGUUCGUGCCCUUCGGGGGCGGGCCGAGGAUGUGCCCGGGGAAGGAGUACGCUCGCCUGGAAAUACUCGUGUUCAUGCACAACUUGGUGAAGAGGUUCAGGUGGGAGAAGCUGCUCCCGGACGAGAAGAUCGUUGUCGACCCGAUGCCGAUGCCUGCGAAGGGACUCCCCGUUCGUCUAUACCCUCACAAAGCUUGAUUAAACCCAAAGUAGAGAGUGAGAGUGGGAGAGAGAUGUCAAGAGGAUAUCUUCAUCCGUCUUCUAAAAGAACAACUUUAAGCGAGCCAUGCAUUUAAUAAGGGAUACAAUACGCGUGAUAAUGCACUCUUUCCAUCUUCGUACAUCAUGUUUUUCUUUGGUUUUUACACACUUGUCAUUAGUUUGUAAUCGACUGUGAUUGUCGGGGACAAUGGAGGCUACGGAACCUCAAACUGAGGCAUAUGUAUAAUUCUAUUACAAGGUUCAACAUGUCGUAUAAUCCCUAAACUCUAGUCAUCGUGUGAUAUUUCAAUUUCACAACAUGUUUUAAACUUUGUUCAA